CAUGCGUGGCGGAAUCUAAUGCAAACAAAAAUGUCAAAAAUUUAAAGAUAUACUUCAAUUUUCAGUAGAUUGUUUGAUAAAAAUCAUCAGGAUGGCUUCUGGUCAGUUGAGCGGACCACCAGCUGCACUUUUACUCCAGGGAAGCGACCAGAAUACAGUUGAGAGCCUCUCCGAAUAUUUCCGAUGUUUCAUUUGUAUGGAAAAGCUUCGAGAUGCAAGACUGUGUCCUCACUGUUCCAAACUUUGUUGUUACACUUGUAUCAGGAGAUGGUUGACAGAAACAAGAAUGCAGUGUCCACAUUGCAGAGCGCCGCUACAUAUAAAUGAGUUGGUGAAUUGCCGCUGGGCGGAGGAAGUUACACAGCAACUUGAUUUACUACAACAUACAGUGCCACCGAAGUCUGAUGGUGAAAUGGACCAAUGUCCAGAGCAUAAAGAGAAGAUAAGUGUGUAUUGUAUGACCUGUAAACAGUGUAUCUGUCAUCAAUGUGCAUUGUGGGGUGGAAAGCAUUCUGGACACACGUUCAAGCCUAUAGACAGUGAGUAUGAUGAACACUUGAGGAAAGUGAUGGAAGAACUGAGUUCACUGAGACGCAGAAAUAUAGAACUGAUCAGUCUUGUACAAGAUGUUGAGAGAAAUAUUGAAAGUGUUAAAACUGCCAAAGAUGAAAGAGUUCGGGAGAUCAGGAAUGCUGUGGAGUUGAUGAUAGCUAGGUUAGAGUCACAGCUCAAGAGUAAACUACUGACAUUGAUGGGUCAAAGAGGUCAGCUGACACAGGAAACAGAGUUGCUGGAUUCAUUAAUACAGAAAGUUGAGAACCAGGUUGCUCACAGUAGUAAGGCAGAACUUAUCUGUAGAAGUGAGGAGCUACUUGCCAUAUUUAAACAGAUGCACAGAAGACCUAUGGCAUCAUUUGUAACUGCUCCGGUACCCACAGAUUUUACGAGUGAGAUUGUACCACCAUAUGACAGCAGUACAUUUGUCAUGAACAACUUUGGGGCACUACAACAGAGGGCAGACCCUGUCUACAGUCAACCGCUACAAGUGAACGGACUCAGCUGGAGGUUAAAGGUUUAUCCUGAUGGUAAUGGUGUGGUGAGAGGGAACUAUCUGUCAGUAUUUCUAGAACUAUCAGCUGGACUGCCAGAAACUUCCAAGUAUGAAUACAGAGUAGAAAUGGUACAUCAAGCUUCUAGGGAUUCCAGUAAGAAUAUUGUACGUGAAUUUGCGUCGGACUUCGAGGUUGGAGAGUGCUGGGGUUACAACAGGUUUUUCCGGCUGGACCUCCUGGCAACAGAAGGCUAUCUCAACACAGAGACAGAUUCUCUCACUCUGAGGUUCCAGGUUCGACCACCAACAUUCUACCAGAAAUGUAGGGACCAGCAGUGGUAUAUACACCAGCUAGAAGCCACCAACAGUCAGUGUAUGGCACAGAAUAAUGAACUCAAGGAGAGGAUCACCCUAGAAAUUCUCCGAAACAAACAUUCCAGCAAGAAGGGAAGUUCUAGAGAUUCACCAAUACCUCUGGUUGAUGAUGGUGUUGUAGAUAAUUUAUAUUCCAAGUAUUCUCAAGGUGACCAGCCAGUUAAUGGAGGAGGUUCUGAGAUAGAGAUAGAACGUUCUGGCGGAGAGAGUGACAGUGACACUGAUACUACAGAUAGUAGUGAGGUAUUGAGUCAGGGAGAGUCACUGUCAGUGAGCCACAAUGAAGAUGAUCUUGAGUGUUUCUCACUUACAGAAGAAAAUGAUGUGGAUGAAGAAAAUAUGUGUUUGGACAAUGAUGUGGAGAACUCGUUGAGGGAAGACCACGAGAGUAACAACCUGGACAGAGAAACUUCCACGUCUAACUUACCUGUGUCGAGUGCCAUGAAUAUUCUGGAGCAGAAAUCAUCCAGGAGUGAUGACGAGACGAUGCUGUUACAGUUCUUACAGGACUCGGACAGUCAGUGGCCACGUAGAUCCCGACCAACACGCCAUACAACACUGUCUAGUGCAGAUUUGCUGCUGAACAUGGAUCUUGGAUUUUAUGUUCCAUGCCCACCAGGAUCCACAGCAACAUCAGUUGCCGCAGCAGCAGUGUCAGAAGCUACUGCAUGCCUUUUAUCACCCAAAUCAGAUAAAUCCAGCAGAUCAACUGAUGGUGACACAUCAAAAAAAUCUGAUAAAGUCUCUGGCUCAGCAUCAGCAGAAACCCUACAGGAUAUACAGGCAAGAUUUAACCGUUUAUCUGAGGCUGAUACAUUAGAACAUAUUCAGGCACGGUUCAAUGAGCUGGCAGCAACAACCUUCAGCACACUUGCUGCAGCUAAUGCUGCUGUUUCCAGUGAGAUAGAGGCCAGAGCUAGGGCAAACAUUGAGAAAAAUGAAAAGAAAUCAGCAGUAGACCACAGUCCUAAUGCCAAAUCUAAGGAUGAUUCUAGCUGUAAACCACAUAAAACAAAGGAUUCCAGUAAAUCUCCACGCAGAGCAUUCUCUGUGGGAACUCUGUCUGGUUUAGACAAGCACCUGAGUCUUCACUCAACUGACCUGUCCCUGGAAGAGGGACCGUUAUCUGACCUUGACCUGUCGUGUGGACCUCUACCAGACCUAACACUAGAGGGAGCCCGAGGGACAGAUGUACCCCAACACUUAGAAAUUCACAUCCCAACAAGUUUUCUCUCAGAUGACAACAAAUCUGUCGGCGAGAAAUCAGGCAAAGCAAGCAAAAGCAAGACAAAAUGGGGAGAGAGACCAAAGUCAGAGAAGGAUAAGGAGAAUUCUAAGACGAAGGAAGAACAGUGCGAGGAGCCCUCUAGUGGUGAUAAUUCAAGGGAAACAACUCCAAAAGGCAUAGAUGAUGAUGGAAGUAGUACAGGUGGCCCUCUGGUGGAGUUUACACAGACAGGGGCAAGUAAUUCAAGGGAUGAUGAAGAUGACACAUCUGUUGUUUGAAAUGUUACCAUGGCAACCAUUGCCAGGUGAAAUAUGGUAUUUGUGAUAGAAAUAGUUGCCAAAUUGGACAGUGACCUUCGAUUCCAUUGCUAUGCUUAUUGUGCUGCUAGCUUUGCUAGCUAUGGGAAAUUGUGGUAGAUUGUCAAGAAGCUGACUGUCACAGAUAGUGUUCCAGCGACACCAGAAAGACCUGUUUAGAAGAUCGCAGUGUUGAGAAACAGUAUUUUAUUUAUAACUGUAACAGAUACUUUCAGUUUUGUAUGCUUGUAAACUGUUGCUAUGGGGACACACUGUUGCUAUGGUGACACAUAGAAACUAGCAUUUACUGACAGACCUGCCAUAUUUAACUUUGUGUUGUGAUUACAGUGAGGCAUUAAACAUUAUAUUUGUUAUAUAAGGAGUUUAUUUCUGUUGCUGUUUUAGUCAGGGCCCUUUGCUUAUUGUGUUGAUAGGUAAAUGCUUAUUUUUAGGAGAUUUAGCAUUACCUUCACAGAAUCAAUGACAGUUACCUGUGUGUACAAGCAAGAUGUUGUUCUGUGUAAGGUCAUGAUAGCAGACUUGUCAAAGUUUUGUUUAUUUACAAUGCAAGAAAUAAGCAAGCAGUACUUCAGACACAAAAGCUUUUUUUCAUGUCAUAUAUAUUUUUGUGAUUUUGGUUUUCAAAGAUUAAGAAAUCUCAGAAUUUUGUGGUAACAUUUCCUUACAUGAAAUAUACUGGUGUAUAAACGUUAUUGUUUCUCGGAUAGAUAGCAGUCUGCUCAAUGGGAGCAAUACUCGUAAAUGAUUAACCAGAUGUUCACUAUCUGUACAUCAAACUUUGCCAUUUUGCCAUAUCAGAGAUUUAUUUUGCAGUAUUGUGUUUCAAUAUGUUGCAUUCAGUGAUAUGUAUAAAUAUUUGUUUCAUCAUGGACUUGAGCUCGAAUUCAUCAACUAAACAUUUGGACUUCAACUUUAAAAUGUUAAAUUUUCUUUUUGUUCUCUCAUUGUAUUGUAAUGGAACUUUACAUGAAUGUGUAAUCUGUACCUACAGACAGCUCAGUUUGAUCAGUACAGGUACACUAGAAACAAAGUUAUGGUUAACUGAAUAUUUAGCAUCUCUAAAGUCCCAAGUUUCAGAUGUUAAUUGUUGAUGAAUACGGACCCAGGUUGUAUUCAUGUGUGUUUUUGUAUGUUGUGCUAUUUUCUCACCUGUGAUAUUGUUUCAUUUUCACCCAUUUGUUUACCUGCUACCAUAGAGGCUUGAAGAUUCCAAACUUAACAUUUCACUAUACUCUAGGUUAUAACAUACUGUACUGAAAGUUAACUACAUUUUGUGGCUGUUUUUGUUUUUUGAUAGGCUGCAGACUUUUGUUAUUAAAACUCUUUGGAUUGAUAGAAAACACAAUGGUGGUUGAUAUUCACUUGUUAUUACAAAUUCCAGAAUGUGGGAGUGAUAGCCUGCUGGCGGCAAGUGAUUCUGCCUAUGCGACCAGUGCAAACCAAGGUCAGCCUGUACAUCUGUGCAGUCUGAUCAUGAUCUGCACUAUUUGCCAUUCAGUCAAUGUUUUGAUAUGCAUUCCUUUUAAUAGUUAAUGGCAGUGUCCAAAAUAGAAAAAAUAGACAAAUUCAUUAUAGAAAUUCAGCAGGGUUAAACCAUCUCACAAAUAUUUUCCUGACUACUGUAUUUAAUUGUGAGAAAAUGGAAUACAAAAAUGUCUGUAUAGUAACACUAAUUGCUUGGGAGAUGGAAAAAGCUAGUUUGGGUAUACUUUAUUCUAUCAAAGCUCUUGAAUUAGUAGAAAAAAAGAACUUCAUUUUUGUCCAUUUUUGUUUAGAAAAAUAGUUUGAAUGCUUUUGUUGGUCCAUUCAAUGAAGAUUCAUCAAGCAUGUAGAAAGAAAAUUACAGAUAUUGUAACUUGUAAUCCCCUGUGGAAUCAGUACAUGGUGUGUCUUCAAACCCCUGUGGAAUCAGUACAUUGUGUGUCUUCAAACCCCUGUGGUAUCAGUACAUUGUGUAAGUGUGUACUCAGUUGUGAUCUGUUGCAUUGUGAUAGUAAUAAUUAUUGUAAAAUUGAAUAAUUAUGUUUAACUUUGAAAUUUUUCAUUAUCUUACUUUGAAAUACGAGAGUAGUAUUAGUUGAAAAUGAAUUCUAAACUUCAUUCAUAAUUAAUUGUAGUAUAUUGCAUUAACUGUAUAAAAGUUUUUCUGCCAUUUAACCUUCAAAAUGCCCUCCUGCUUGGGUUAAUUUUUUUUUACCAAGAGGGGAUGGGGCCCAGGUCUGUGAUUUGGGGGGAAAAUAGGCCGGUAUCUGGGCAAAGGGGAAUAAAAAACCUGAUGUAAAGUCAAUUUUUUUGGGAAAACUGAAUGAUUUAAAAGAAAUUUUCUGAAGGCAAGGGGUCUGUUAACAGCCCCUAUUAUAGAAGGGAAAAAAAACCUGCCACUUACCUCAAUAGGUAGUAUAUAUCUAUGAAUCUUUGGGUUGCAAGUUUUAUCACCAGGCAAGGCAUUUGCUGCUGUUUGUGAUGAUUUGUUACUGGAACGCGUGUCUAAAAUCAAUCCUCUCCACCUCUGAUUCAUGUGGAGUAGUUUUCAGUUAUAUGCUGAGAACAGGUUUGUACUGGUACAGAAUCCAGAAACACUGGUUCGGUUAAUUGCCUCCUGUCACACGACUGAGAUACUGUUAAAAAUGGCACUAAACCUAAAAUCUAACCUUUAAGAAGCUAUCCGCUUGAUUUUGACCAGAAAAAUUUCCUUCUGAAAAUUAUUUAAUACAAAAUACUUGAAUAAAGUUUUUUUUUUUUUUUUUUUUUUUCAGUUUCUUUUUCGUAAAAUCUGUAUGGACGGAUAUUGAAAUAACAGUAAAUGCAUCAUCUCAUUGGAAUAACUAUGUUGCGCUAAAUAAAAGAUUAAAUUAUAAAUGAAGA